GUUUCCGGUCUGAGAAUGCAUUUUUAUACCUUCUGUUUUACUGCAAGUACCAGAUUGUAAAAGGUGUGAAGCAUGGAACAGGACGAUUUUGAGGAGGGUGAAAUUCUGGAUUCUGAUGGAGACGACCAAAAAAAUAAGGACAAUGAAGAAAGUAAGAAAUCAUCAUCUGAAGAAGAGGCUAGUGACAAGGAACCUGAGCCAGAUCUUCUAGAUACAUAUACUGUUAUAACACGCCCAUCUGAUUCUGGAAAUAACACGAAUAAUGCAUAUCGUCAGAGAAGUACAUUGAUGAGUAAUAGUGACCAUGACGAUGACUCCUCUGCUUCAAGUGACGAAGACACUGAUUUGUGGAAAUUGAAAAAGUCAAAAUAUUUUUCUAAUAAGACGGACAAUAAAGAUGUUCAAUUGUCAAGUGUUAUAAAGUCACCAAUAAGGGCAUCUACAAAUGGUGUUUCUCAAAAUGGAGCAGUAUCAGGAAGAAAUAUAAACUUUAAUUCAGGGGAAAAGCGCAAACAGUCGAAUAAUGUUUGGGGCUCAGUUCUGACUGAACAAACUUUAACACAAACCAUGGGGUCAAUAGGUGUGGAGAGGAAAGAUCAUGUUCUAAACAGUUAUAGAAAUGUUGAAGCAUAUGAUUAUUUACAAGCCCAUGAUGAUGAUAGACCUUUUGAUGAAGAAACGAGUAAGAAACCAGACAGUGUGGACCCAUAUCAAAAAGUAAUUGACUCUGACAAUGAAGAAGAUAGUAAUAAAAGUGGAUAUAAACGUCGUAAAAAGCAGCAUAACAAACACCAUGAUAACCAUAGUAAUAAAAGACAGAAACGUUACCGUACUUGUAAUCCAAGCGACAGUGAUGAAAUUGUAGUUCAAACAAUUGUUGAAAAUUUGCACGAAGGAAAACCUCAUCUCGUAGAGCGUAUCCUAGGUGUGAUUGGAAAAGAGAAGGCAAUAGAGUUGAUGUAUGCUACAGAAGACAUAGAAGAAGAAGGUGGUAUGAAAACUUUUGAUGGGAAGAGAAGACGAACUCCAGGUGGUGUUUAUAUACAGCUAAUUAAACAAGAUAAAAACGUUUCCAAAGAUAUGGUGGAUGAAAUAUUUGCCGAAGAACAAAAGAAAUAUCAAAAGGAAUUGAAAAUAGAAUCAAAGAAAAGACAAAGGGAAAAAAGAAGAAUGAUGAAAAUGCUUCCCCAGAAUCGUCUUCUGCAAAGUGGUAAUAAAGGAAGAAAAGAGAAAAAAGGGGAAGAAAAGAAGGAUAUUGAUGAAGGAGAAAUGGAGACAGGAGAUGUAGAAAAGAAAUUGAAUACAAGUAAUGAUGAGGACUUCUUGAACCAAGAGGAAGAACAAUUAGAUGUUAUUCUUGGAGAUGAAAUGUCAUGAAGAAAAAGAAGUGUUCAUUUUUGUUUUAUACCUUGCUAGCUCAGCCCAAAUCCAAGAUACAGAAAAUGUGAAAAAUUGUCUUUAAUUUUAGCUUGUUAUCCAUUUUCUGUGUAAUUCCAAGAAAUCUUCCAUUAAAACUUUUUUUUUUUCAAAAAUUACUUUUGAACUAUUUUUACAGUAUUUUAUUGGAGGACUCCUUCAACCAACUCACAUUGGAGAAAGUUGUGAUGAAUUGAACAUAGAGGAUAAAACACAACUUUUGAUCAUAAUUUCUCAGCAAAGUUUGCAAUUUGCAAAGACAUAAUUUUGGGAUAUAACUCACUUAUUCACUUAAUAGAAAUUUGUAAUGACUUAUAAUUAUGAACACAAUUGUUGGUGAAACAUAGUAGAUCUAUUCAUAAUGAAAGCUUUGUUGCAUAAUACGAAUAAUUAUAUAUUCAGUGUUCUUAUACUUUCCCUUGUAAAAGAAUUAUCCCCAAAAAGGUGGGUGUCUUUCACUACAAAGCAUGCUGAAUAUAUAUCAUGUAGAGGUGCCAGGUGUCAAAAUUACAUGUCCCAUAAAACCUCUAGUUAUAUUAUAUGAUGAUUUUGUAUUGUUUAUUUGUCUGUUGUAUUAAGUAUUUUUCUUUUAUAUUAUAUAUAUUAGAGAGCACAUUUCUAUAUGUUGUUAUUGUUGUAUGUAUUUGUACAUUACAUUAUAUUUACUGGAUUACAGAGUUCUUAAUAGAGCUUUUUUUAAUAAAGGGUAGAAAAUGGCAUGGUCUACUUUUUUUACUUCAAAGAAAUAUCCAGUCUUUCUAUGCCUGUCCCAAUUCAGGAGCCUGUAGUUCAGUGACUGUUGUAAGUUCAUGUUUGUCUUCUUUUUUUUUUUGUAAAUUGUUUUGUUACCAAUUAGGCUGUUAGUUUCAAUUUACCCCGGUAAUUGUUUUAUAGUUUUCAUGUGGUGGCCUUUUAAAGCCAAAUAUACAGAAUGAUUUUCCUCAUUGUUAAAGGCAGUACAGUUGCAAAUAAUGACUAACAUUCACUGUGUUUGAACAUUGGCGAAUUGAUGUCUCAAUUUAAUGUAAAAGACAAAAUGUGAUAAUGUUUUAAAUCACUCUAGAAGGGCAGUUUUCAAAAUGAAUGCUUUUGAUUUUGAAUAAUCAGUCUGAAAUAAUCUCUCAUUUUCGUAACUGAUUUUUGCUGUCAUCAUAUUAUUAUAUGUAAUAAUUCCUGUUUUAAACACUGAAUUAUGUUCAAAUUAAAUUUUUCUCAUAUGCAAUUUCAACCAUUUCUUGUAGAGAUGCCAUGUUAUCCGUGUCUUUCUCUGAAUUAUUACUUUAGAUUUUGAUAUGAAUUCAAAUUCUUUUUGUACUCAGUCUGUAAUGAAUAUUGUAAUUAAAGAUAAAAGUAUAGAUCUUUUUAGAAUUUACACAUGUUUUGUAAUAAAAUUUGCAUUGCAAUUUGAUCAUAAUUUUUAGGAUGUCUGUCUAAAAAGAAUAUUGAACAACAGCUCUGAGAAAGUGCUUUAAUUUUUGGAGGCCAAUUUUCCAAUUUCUACAAUGUUUUUUUGAAAGUAAUUGACCCAAAGGUUUUUCUUUUUCAUGCAUGUAUUCAUGCUUUUAGCCUGUGCAUAUGAUUAAUCAGGGGUAACUGGUAUUUUCAUAGGUAUUGUAUUACUUUGUCUAUUUGUCUUGGAAAUUUUAGGAAUUUUUGUUUGUUUGAUAUCUAUAUUUACUGUUCAAUAGAAUAUGUCUGUGAGACUUAGUAUUCUGUUUUCUGCUAUUGGUUAGGUUGUUGUCUCUGUGACACAUUCCCCAUUUCCAUUCUCAAUUUUCUUUGUUGACACUGAAAGCUUUUUAGCUAGAAUGAAAAACAGAAGCUAGACUGCACCAAGAUACAUGUCUACAUAGUACAUAUAUUUAUCACAAAAUAAAAUAAAAAAACUACUGUUUAAAAUUCUUAAGAAUGUUAUUUUUAUUGGCAUAUAUAUUUAGUGAUCAAUUACUUUGUUAGAGCUACUUUUAUAAGCAUAAAAGCCAGGCUUUCAAGGUAUGUAUCUGGCUUAUAAACAAACGGUUAUAUUUUGGAAAUUAUUUUUUUUUGCACCUUCUUAUUUUUAUUUGGAUUGCAGAUUAAACAAAAUAUUUUUACUUGUACUUCACUUAUAUAGAUUUGGAAACCUAGGCUAGAUAAGUUCUUAAAACAAUCAUGACAAUCACCAAUAUAUAUACCUGCUCAUUAUUGAGCUACUUGAGGAAGAAUAUGUUUGUACAUAUUGAGUAUAUAUACUCUUGAAAUAAAGAUAAUAAUUAUCAUUAUUGUAGUAUAUAUUAAUGAUUGUAAUAUAAUAAUGCAAGAGAAUUUUCUAAUUUGCAGGCUGUGAAUUUAAUAUAGCUGAAAUUAUUUGUAUAUUAGAUUCCAAAUCUUUAUAUAAGCAUUCCUUCUCAAUGUGAAUGACUUAGAAAUCUAGAAAAAAAUAUUUACUUUGUUUGAAAUUUGUAAGAUGUAGAUUUAUUUGUAUGAUUUUCAUUUAUUGAAUAAAAAUCUAAAAAUUG